UUUAAGUUAUGUUGUAUGCACAGUUCUAAACGUUUGUAAGACAACUUGGUGAAAUUGCACCGUAUAAAGUCUUCAGCUAGCUACCAACAGAGAAGUGGCAAGUUUAGGAGACCCCGUAAAACCAUGACUGUCUUACUUAUGAAAUUUGACAUGUGUAGACAGACACCAGUAGCAAAAUAGGACUCUUAGCUAUAAUAGCUAAUUGGACAUAUAAAUUAGCUGGCUAUCUAAGACAUACUUCUCUACGGUGCCAUUAUUCCAGAUAGUCCACAUCUUGGUUCUGCAGAAUGAAUAUCAGCAUGGGUGCUAAAAUAAGAAGCGAGUGGUGCUUCAUAGUCGACCAGAUCCGCCCACUGUGGAUCACAUUCUUGCGGAUAUCAGUCUUUCCGAAUGAUCCAGUCUUCAGCGUCUUGGAGGAUGCCAACCAAGAUGCCAAGAAGGGGUCAUCAGAUAAUGAAGUGGAGACAAAGUAUCUUCAGAGCUGCAGGUACUUGGAGAUGAACAAGCGGCUUCAAGAGGUCAGAGGUGAACUCAUGCAGCAGAGGGAGGAACUGCGGGCAGCUGGAGAGCAGUUGGGGAUCAGUGUGGCGGAGGUCAAAGGGAGAGCCCUCGAACCAGUCUUUGAGGCAUCACACCUCAGAGCUUGGGGAGCACCUUACCUCAGGGCUUGGGGAGCACCUUACCUCAGGGCUUGGGGAGCACCUUACCUCAGGGAUUGGGGAGCACCUUACCUGAGGGCUGAGGUAGCACCUAACCUCAGGGAUUGGGGAGCACCUAACCUCAGGGAUUGGGGAGCACCUUACCUCAGGGCUUGGGGAGCACCUUACCUCAGGGCUGGGGGAGCACCUAACCUCAGGGCUGGGGGAGAACCUAACCUCAGGGCUGGGAGAGCACCUUCCCUCAGCUUGAACAGAUUCAUCACGAGAAAACUUGGCAUUCCUCGAGUCACACCACCUCAAUCAGGAGUGUUUCAGAAAUGGAAAUGGGACUCAACAGAUUGAUUGUAUAUUGUCAGUUGAUUGUUGUUCCAAAUAAUUGUUGGCAUUAACAUUGUCUCCAUAAAUUGGUGUGACUUUUCACAAAUGGUCAAACAAAUUAGUUAUGUGUAUUGUCUACAUUUCUAGAUUUUAUAUAAUGAAUAUGAAUAAAAUAUUGAUUUGUGAAUAAAUAUAACUUGGUUUUAAUGUUCAACCACACAGACUUUAUGUGCAUGGAUCAAGGGUCAGGCAGGAGUUAAGCUACAUGGGUCAUAUGAAUAUCCAGCCAUGUGAUAAUAUCUAGCCAUGUGAUAAUAUCUAGCCAUGUGAUAAUAUCUAGCCAUGUGAUAAUAUCUAGCCAUGUGAUAAUAUCUAGCCAUGUGAUAUUUUUUACUUAAAGGUCAUUAUGAAAUUAAUGCCAGGAUGAAAUGUCAGUGUAGAAGAGCAUUUGUUUAUAUCCCGAUUAGCUCAUAAAACUGUCAGUAUGUCCACAUUUCAUUGGCAUGAGUGCAUGGCAAAGUCAAUAUAAUUGAAAGCCCAUUUUAUUGUUUUGAUAAAUUCAAGAAAAAUUCUAAUGAAGGUUUAAGUCAGCCAGGUUAAUGAAAUGUGUCCACAAUUUAUUUGAUGAGAACAUUUAUUAUGAUGACUUUCAUUCCUUGGACUAUAUCACAUUGUACCAUUUGCUGCCUAUGGCUCUGUUCCCACCUGGCAUGAUAUUUCUUGUCCCCCAUAUCUGAUCUGUUAUAAUCCUCCUUCCCUUCACCCAGUGGUCCAACUUCAUUUAUUCUAGUUGUAGCAAAGUGGGUAAUAUCAAAAUGACAGUUAUCUUCAUAGGAAACUGCUACAGUAUUCCAGUUCCAAGUCAUGGCCGAUGCAAAUCAGUUUUAUAUUCUAACUUUGGAGGUGAUUUCAUUAGACUCGUUCACAACCAGUUUGAAAAUCAUUCCGGCACUUCCAAGCACUGAAUAUAACUUUAAGUAAUGUAAUGCCAGGUGUAAACAAAGCAUAUGACAUUCAUGGUGGACGACCUUGGACAUUUUAAUCCGAUUCGUAACAUAGCAUAUACAACAUUUCAGUUGCAAGGAUCUUGACAAAACUUUCAAGAAUAAUGUCUUCGUCUUUGACAACACUUUCCUACAUACUGCACACUCACUAUUUGUCUUUAAGGGCUGUUUAUACAUUAUCAAUGACCAUUAUGUGACAAUGUUUGUGUGACAAAGAGACUUGGUUCAUUGCAUUACUGAAAACAUGAGUAAAACAUGGAAAUGUUACUUGUUGACACAAUUCAACA